AUGUUUUACAAGUCAAUCGUCGUCGCCGCUAUCGCCUCAAUGGUCGCUGCCGCACCUACCCAAACUGGUGCCCCUGCAGCUAAGCGCUCAGCAGACUCCUACGGUAACCAAGCCACUUGGUACAAUGCUGAGACCGGAAACCGUGGUGCUUGCGGCCAGUACUUAUCAAACGACGAUCGUUUUGUCGCUGUCGGAUUUGGCUCACCAAUCCCAUGUGGACAGUGGAUGGGCUUCAACGUCAACGGCGUCACUAGCUACGGUUACGUUGCCGACAAGUGUGCUUCAUGCGCCAACAACCACUACGACAUGUCCGAAGCCCUCUUCAACGACUUUGGUGCAUUCGGCCAAGGUGUCAUCAACGACAUCUGGGCAUGGCAAGUCGAUAGCUGGGUUGAGCCAAGCACCCUCUAG